GGAUGGGGAAUGGUGUGUACUUGCUGUGUACUUCUUAUUCCAUAUACAUAUCAUAUAUAACCACGCACGUUUCCAUACAUAUUUAAUAUAAACACACACACCAUACAGUUCAUGAUAUCUUAGCAUCGCAAUUCAAUCUCAACCUCACAAGAUACCACACACACUGGUCUUCAAGUGUGUGAGUAAGUCAUGUCCGAUAAACUAUGGCAAGCAGUCUUCAACAAAGACAUCGGUGCAGUUGAGCGUCUCUGUAAAGAGGGCGUCUCGCUAGAUACGCUUAAUUGGCACAAUCCAGCGAUCAAAAAUUGGACAUGUCUUCACAUCGCUGCGUCUACGGGACAAGUAGAGAUACUGCGAUUGCUGGUCAAUGCUGGUGCGGAUCUGCAUCCGAAGUCCAAGAAUGGGUCCAGGCCUUUACAUUUUGCCGCGUUGAGUCUUAAUUUGGACGCUGUCCAGACACUCUUGGAUGCAGGAGCCCGAAUCAAUGCCCUUGACAAACAGAAGAAUACAGUGUUGCACAGGGCUGUGAUGAAGCACCAUAUCCAAAUGGCCAAGCUCUUGUUGGACAAUCACGCCAACCCUCAAAUGAGAAACAAGAAAGGGCUCUCUCCCAUUGACCUGGCUGUCGAGACGUGCGAUCGCGAUCUGAUCAAUUGCUUUGGCGGUGCCGCAGGCAUUGGCGGCACAGCCGAGAACAUGCCUUUGCCCUUACCGGACCUACGCCAGCUCAACGAAGACUGUAUCGGAGACACACUGCGCGAGGAUACGGACACGAACACACACGGCUCGGCUCAGCCCAGCCAUCUGACGGCGCAGUUGGGACAGGCCAAGAUACGACAGCCGAGCGGAUGGAUUGGAGGCCAGGCUGCGUACCCGCAGAACAACAUCUUUGCGCCGUUUGCCCUGGACAGCACACCCGCGGCACGGUUUGGGCUGUAUGGGAGUGGCACGGGGUGGGACCAGGGCCAAGGCCAAGGUAGUGGUCCUGGUAGUACUGCGUCUGGGGACACGCCUGCAUAUAGUAGCCAGUCGCCUGCGCAAAACAGCUCGGUACAAAACGAGCCGGCGGUUGGGAAUGUACAUGACUACGGCGCUCAGCAGCAGCAAGCGCCGAGUGGUAAGAUGUACACACCGGCUAUGACCGAGCCACAGAGACGUGAGAGUGAGUCGUUUGUGGCACAGACAGGCCAACCUAUAGCUAGGCCACUAGUACCCCCGGGAUUAGACCAGGUUGGGUACGGGUCGUCACAGGCGAACCAGGGCUUGGACCUGGCCGGGUUUGGUUCGAGAAAGCCGAGCUUGGUACUAGACCAGGCAGCCGAGAACGGGGAGGGUGCAGACGCACCAGUGGCUGAAAAUACAUGGGAAGCGGAGAAUGAGGGAUGGGGUAGUGUGGACGCUCUGGACACCUUUCCAGCACAGUCACAGGACGCUCACCUUGGUGCAGGGGGUGAUGGUGAGGAACAUCCCGCUGCGAGAGGCUUGGAGGUGGGCAGUCAUAAGGAAGUGGAAGGCUAUAGUGUGGGUAGUCAUAACACCGCGCCCUCUUUAAACUCGUCUGCGGUUCAACCGUCUGCUACGACUGCGGUUGGACCGUUGAGUACAGGUGCAGAUGCGCCCACUACGAGCCAGGGAAGUGGACACGUAGAUCAAGAAGUAAGUGAAGAAAUGGCACGAGCAGACGAUGGCUGGGAUGACGAGUCGGCCCAAACUGACGACGGCUGGGGUGCCGAGAGCUCGGAUUGGGGCGAUGGAGACGCACUGGAAGCUACAGAGGAACCGAGUACAGAGGUAGAUGUGGAUGGGGUAGAUUCAGCCCAAAGUAUGGGUGCGGGUGCAGCUGACGAUGUUGUAGGCGAUAAGCCCAAUAGUAUGGGUGUAAGUGCGGCCGAUGGUACUGUAAGACAGGUGUAUGCGGAGGAUUCCGGAAGCGUUGCUGAGCAGUCUACGGAAGCAUUGGCAGGCACACAAGAAGAUCUGGAUGAUGGCAUGAGAGGAGAUAUGAAUGAUGAUACGAUAGAGGCGUCUGGAGAGAGUAGAAACAAUGCAUAUGCGCAACAACGAGAACAUUCAUUGGAGAAUGACACCUCCCGGACCCACGCUGAGAUGGAGGAUGGUAUGCUGCAGAUGGAGGUAGCAGAUGGAGCUCAAGGAGAAGACCUUACUGAAGGUCAAACAGCAGACUAUACUGACGCCAAGGGAGAAGAAUAUGCCGAAGCUGAAGUAGAAGACGAUAGCCAAGCACGCGAUGAGAACCAAGUACACGACCAGACAACCCCGCCCGAAGAGCCAGCGGUGCAGAUACAGGAUCAAGAUCAGGAAGAAGAGGCUUAUGCUAUGGAUCUGACAGAUGAAGCGCAGGAUGGGUGGGGUGAGGAUGGCGAUGUGUGGGGAGAUGAGUACAGCCUGCAGCUAUCGGACGGUAUCCGCACGGACAAAGCCGCGUACAUGCUGGAGGUGUCUUCGGACGACGGGGGCGCUGUGGAGGUACCUGAGGAGACUGAGGACAGUACAGAACACCUUCUGGGUGGAGAAAGUACCGAACAUCAUGAGGGAGAAGCGGAUGCCGAGUCGUCUGUUACUGAGGAGACGUCUGGAGAGCUUGUGGGGGGCGCGAGUGCUGCGCAGCAACCGGUGGCUGAGGAGAGUGAAAGUAUUGGCCAAGUCGGGGCUGAGGGAAAUGCUCAACAUACUACAGUAGAUGAAGGUGCCGGUGUUGUAGCAGAAGGAACUCCUGAACUCCCUGUAGUAGACGAGAGUGCCGAACAGCUUGUGGCUGGUACAAGCACCGGACAGUUUGAGGCAGAAGUAAGUUCUCAUUAUCCUGUAGAAGAAGACAGUGUGCCGGUAUCCCUUGGGCAGGGUGCGCUGAAUGACGGUACUGGUGACCUGGAACAAACGGAUGGGGACGGGUGGGGAACGGAAGACGCGCAGUGGAGCGAUGACGAUGGCCUGGAAGUGGAAGCUGCUGCUGACCUAGCCAUGCCACUGUCACACACCCAGGAGAAUUCGACUGAGAAAAAGAACGACGUCUCCUCGUACUUUGGGAGCGGUGUUCAGGGAGCCGAGCAUGGUGAAGUCAUGGGAGAUACGCACGAUAGUUUUUCGUUAUCUUCAACCAACGGAGACAAUGCGAGCGAACGUGACAUUGAUGGUGUAUAUGGCUCGGCUCUAGAGCACCAGGGGACUGCAGAUGCGAAGCAUGGAGAUGGCGCAGACUCGACAGAUUGGACGGUCAACGGAGACAACGUCGAUGAAGUGGACGAUGUUGUAGCUGGUGAGAGUGAGUUAGAGGAAAUUAUUUUGCCCACUGAUACUGGAGACGGUCCCGGUGCGGAAAACGUUAUAAACGUAUUGGAUGCAACUGUGGAGAAUCAGCCAGCCACAGAAGCGGUCCCUGGACAGAGCGAGCACUCAGCAUACCCCGUGGAUAACGGUGCACAGGCGGGCGCAGCUGAGGACAGUACUGCGGCACCUGUGAGCACUCAUGCUUCCGCAGACGACGCGCUUGCGCAUACGCAGAGUACGGACGCGGGUGCACCGGCCGACAAUGGGUGGGAUACGACCGAGGACACCUGGGGAGAUGAAAGGGCGAAUGAGAAUGAGAAUGACAUGCAGUCCCUGGACGCGGGGUCUGCCACUGAGACGAUUGCCGCGCCCACAGGACAUGCCGGUGGGCUCUCCAGUUACUUUGGCGAGAAGUCGGGCGAGGAUCAUACGGGUGUGUUUGCGGAUGUGAGGGAGGGUAGUCAAGUCCAGACCGGCGCCGCACUCGGACACGAGGCAGAGGGACUGGCGAACCAGGGAGAGGACGGGUGGGAAGCAGACGGGGACAACUGGGAUGAUGCGGGUGAGAUGGAGAUGGCGGCAGACCCCGAAGCACUUGCGGAGACGCCCGGCACUGAUACGAACCUGUCGAAUUACUUUGGGGGCAGUGUAGAUAUGGAGGGCUCAGGGGAAAGAGAGCUGCCACACGCUGUGGAUACCUACCAGUCGGAUGGGGAUGGGGAGGCCACGCACAGCAUUGCCGCUGCAGAUACGGCGGAGAGUGGAUGGGAUGUGCCAGACACAGACACGUGGGGUCAGGUGGACAGUGAGAACGUGGCACCAACUACUGAGACACCGCCAGAGCCCCCGGCGAGCGAUCAAGGGGUAUCCGGCUACGUUGGAGAGGGUACUACCAGUGCGGCUGACAGUAUGUUUGCGCAGGCCACGGCGGAAGAUAAGGAUGUGAGAUCAGACGAGAACGCGCUCGUGGUAGACACCCCCAUCGCCCAGGGCGAAGACGGGUGGGGUGUGGACGAAGGGGCUUGGGAUGGGGACGGUGCAGAGACAGAGGGCAUAUCCGAGGCAAGUGGCUAUGAGACCGUUAGUGUGUAUGGUGAGAGUGUGAGCCAUGCCAAUGAAGGGGACGAUGCGCCUGCAGAGACGAGUGAGGAUGGGGCUGUUGCUGCUACACAGGAGGAGAGGGUGUCACAAGAUCAGGAGACGCCCAGCACCCAGGCUGAAGACGGAUGGACAGCGGAGGGCGAGGGAUGGGAUGAAGAAGGUGCCGGCGUAGAGAUAGCCCCAGAUACGCAAACAGUAGAGAAGCCUUCGGUGGAGAGUGCGAACUUGUCCAACUACUUUGGAGAUGGGAUGGGAGAGCAAGGCCAGGCACACAUGGAGCAUACGGAUACUACCGAUGCAGAGGCCCAGACCACUCGGACAGAAGACGGAUGGGAAGCGGAGGGCGAGGGAUGGGAUGAAGAGGGUGCCGGGGUAGAGAUAGCCCCAGAUACGAAAACAGUAGAGGAGCCCUCGGUGGAGAGUACGAACAUGUCCAACUACUUUGGAGACGGGGUGGGUGGGCCAGAGCAAUCGCACCCGGAUAAUACAGAAGCCGUAAUUAACGAAGUGUAUGCAUUGGAUUCAGAGAAGUCGGUCGCUCAAGCAGAGGACGAGUGGGAAGCGGAAGGCGAGGGGUGGGGUGAGGACGGCGCAGUGGAGGUAGCCCCAGAUACAGAAGCAGCCACGGAAACUCCAGUGGAGGGUAGUACCAGCGCCUACUUAUUAGGAGAUGGUGGUGGCGUACCCGAGCAAGCGCAAACGGACGAUACGGACACAAUUCAUGCAGAUGCACAAGUACAACACUCGGAGACUCUGGAGACAUCAGCAGCCCGGGCAGAAGACGGGUGGGAAGCGGAAGGUGAGGGGUGGGGUGAGGACGACGCAGUGGAGGUAGCCCCAGAUACGGAGGUGACCGUGGAAGGCAUAGCGGAGGACAUCUACAGUCCGAACUCACUUGGAGAGGGUGGAGGAGUGAAGGAGCAAGCACAGCCGAGUACUACGGAUGUCGUGGUUAACGAGGUGGACGUAUUGGACUCGCAGACGCCGGCCGCCCAGGCAGAGGACGGAUGGGAAGCGGAAGGCUGGGAUGAGGCAGAGACAGUGGAGAUGGGUGCCGACAUCCAAGCAGCAGUAGAACCCCCGGCACUUGGUACUAGCAUAUCCAACUACUUUGGGGGAGAUGUCGGUGUACAGGCGCAGGGAGGUGUGGCGGGUGCACCGGAUACUGCCGACCUGUCCAGUUACUUUGGCCAGGCUUCCGGGGCUCAGCAAAGUGAAGGGCUGUUCGGUACAAACGCAACUACGGAGACUGCAGAGGCUCCAGCGGACAACAACAAACCCAACAACAUGUCCAAUUACUUCGGAACAGGUGCCGAGGUGCAGGGACAGGGUACCAACCCAGAACCAACGGGCCAUGCCGACAUGUCCAGUUAUUUCGGCGAGGGUUCAGGGGUGACUGUGCAGAAGGAUAGCACGGAUACUGCGGAAAGUAACAGUAUGGCUAACUACUUUGGCUUUAGUGCAGGUGCACAGAAGCCAGAUGAUGCUGCAGAUGCAUCGACUUCUAGUCCCGUGUCCGGUUACUAUGGCAACGGUAUGGGGGUACAUGGGCUAGUCGGUAAACCAGAUAAGGCGAUCAAUGACGACACGUACAACUACUUCGGAAACACAGCAGGGAUACAGGCACAGCAGGCUACCAGCACAGUGACAGCGCAUGCCCCUGAGACACUUACAGACCAAACGGUACUACCGACUCAGGCAGAUGACGGGCGGGGGGCAGAGGGUGAGGGUUGGGGCGGUGAAGACGCUGUGGAUAUGGUCUCAAGUACGGAUGCAGCCAUGGGUAACAUCGUAGACUACACCGAUACCAACUCAUCGAACUACACGGGAGAGAGUGCGGGAGUACAGGCGCAACCGAGGGUGGAAAAUGCGGUGGAUAUGAGUGAUGCUGUGCAUGACGAGACAUCUAUACACGCCUUAGACACCCAGACAACUCAGAUGGAAGACGGGUGGGAAGCGGAAGGGGACGGUUGGCAUAGCAACGAGACAGUAGAACUGGCCCCAGAGACAGCGGCGGCAGCGGAAACACCAGGGGAGGGUACGAGCCUAUCUAGCUACUUUGCCUCAAGCUCGGUGAGCGAUGGUGUCAGUGCUGUAGCACAGCCUGACGAAGAAGACCAGACUCGUAUCCCUGAAGGGGCUGCAGGUGUCCCUGGAGACGCCCUCGAAUACGUUAACGAUACGACCGAUGUCAACGCGCCGGGGUCUGGGGAUGGUAGUACUACGGUCUGCACCUCUGGGUACGGGGAGGAUAGUGCGUCACUCAAUCCAAUCGACGCAGCUGUGUAUGAAGAUAGUACGCCUGAGUGGGAUGCGGGGAGUGAGGGCUGGGUGGAUGUAGGAUCGCAUGAACCGUCUGUGGACACGUCGGUUGGGCGAGCCGGAGACAGUGCCACAAAGGCGUCGGAGAGUGUGAGAGGGGUGGCUGGUGAGGAGAGGCUGAGGGAGGAGCUGGCUAGGUUUGCGCACGAGUUGGAGGUGUUACGGGAAUUGAACGCAGCGCUAAACGUUUCACUGGAGAACAGAGACGAUCAAAUCCGUGUGCUGGAGAAGAAUGUGGUGGAACAACAAGAUGAGCUCUUAGCACGUGACAGUGAGCGUUUGGAGAGUCGAGCAUCGUCUCAGCACGACCUCGAUGUGGCAAGAGAGUCGGAGACGCGGCUGCAAGAGAUUAUAGAGGACAAGGACGAGGAGUUAAGGAGCAUGGAGGCUACUCUCGCAGAGCUGCUAGAUGAAUCCGAAGCAAAAGAGUCGGAGUUCAACGAGCAACUGGCCUUGGUACAUCAGGAGCUGGACAACUCCAGGGAAACGGAGGGUGAGCUACAAGCAGCCUUGCAGGAGAAGGAUGAGCAGAUCAAAACACUGCAGUCAAACCUCUCUACCGUGGAGGAGCAAUUAGAUGUGAUCGACAACGACAAGGGCGAGGAAUUGGCUCAGGCACAGCAGCAGCAGGAAAUCUCCAGAGAAUCCGAGGCUAUGCUCACAGACGCGUUGGUAGACAAAGAGGACCGCAUAGUGGAACUCGAGGCUGAAGUACAGUCACUGCAACACGAAUUGGACUCACGCGAUAGUCUCCUACGCACAGCUGAGGCCGAUGUCGAGACGCUCCGUUCCGAACGCGACGACGAGCUUGAGGAGGUUACAGAAAUGCUUGCUUUGGCAACCGAGGGCGAGGUGGAUGCAACGGCCAAGCUGGAAGCCAAAGAAGACGAGUUGGCCGAACGCGCUAGCGAGUUGGACGAACUCAGAACCAACGUCAAAGAACUGGAAGACCAGUGCCUGGACCAAGAUGCCGAACUGUCGGAACUCAAGCCAAGGCUGGAGGACUGUCUUAACGAAAUGGCUACGCUGCGGGAACAGUUGCGGACAAUGCGUAGUAGGAUUGACGCACCGCCGACCCACUCAACCAAAGAACCCCACACACGCGCGCUGUCGCCACCGCUAGAGGACGCAGACGACCAACUAACCAUCAGUCUGGAGGACCUACAGACCAGUCCAGCGGAAGGCGAGCAAUCACUCGGAAACCCUGAGCAAGUGCACCUUUUGUCGCAACAGGAGUCUACCCGCACUCAGCACCCACUGGGCAUGGAUACGGAUGUCUCAGCCGGGCUGGAUAACCAGGCUGUGGGGGAGAGUCUCCCUGUAGAUGCAGAGAGUAUGGCAGGGGGUUAUAACGUCUCCAUGGACGACAGCGACGGGGAAUACGACCAGUGCCUUGAACGGCUCCUGGAACGGGCACAGGCGCAGGGGGAGUAUGACGAUCUAGAAGAGCUGCUGAGCCAGGCGACUACGGAUGGGGUGGAGAGUAUUGAUACGUUGCUAGAACGAAUGAGAUCGACAAAGGUAGACGCUGACGCUGAAGUGAUUGAGAUGCGCGCAGCACGCGACAAGGCGUUGGCGGAGAACGCUGAAAAAAGCGUGCAUCUCGCGGAACUGCAGGAGCGGGUUGUGGACUUGCAAGCGGCCAACACAGACUUACAAUCGCGCAUACAGCAUAUGGAAGGACAGGUCAAUCCCGACGGAUCGGAUGUGCUCGGUGUCGAACUUUUGGCAGCUCGCAAUGAACUAGCGAAUAAAGACGCGGCAUUAAGUGAGGCUCGUGCUAUGGUUGCGGAACUGGAAAGUGCGGUAGCAGCAGCUCAGGCGGUGCACCAACAACAUCAAUCAGAGGUCGAUAACAAUAUCAGUGACGCGGAGACCCAGCUUGCCGAACUUCGGGAACAAGUUGCGGAUCUGCAGGCAACCAAUGCUGACUUGCAGUCACGCAUACACUAUUUGGAAGCACAGACGAACCCCGACGAAUUGGACCAGGUUAAACAAGAGUUCUUGGCAGCUCAGACCUCACUGGCGCACAGGGACGGAGAGCUGAGGGACGCUCGCGCCCGAAUCUCAGAACUCGAAAGUGUGGCAGCGACAGCGCAGGAAAUGCGCCCUCAAAAACCAGAGACCAACAGUACGCGCAGCGACGCCGAGGCUCAACUCGCCGACCUUCAGGAACAGAUUGCGGGUUUAAAUACAGUCAAUACAGACCUACAGGCACGCAUCCAAGAUCUGCAAACACAGGUUUUUUCCGACGAAUUAGGCGAGGUCUGUCAAGAGUUGCUUGCAGCUCGGAACGAGCUAGCAAUUAAAGAUGAUGAGCUGAGGGAAGCUCGCGCCAGAGUCUCGCAACUCGAAACGGAGGCACAGACGGCGCAGGAUAUUCGCUCAUUGGGAACAGAGAGCAACCAGGUAGGCGGAGACGGUAGUCUUGGACUACCGAGCUUCAAGCUGGAGAAGAGGGUGUUUUACCAGCAACAAUCUGCGAUGCUAGACGAGCUCCUCGCAAUCUGUGAUGAGAUCUAG